AUGAUGAUGAUGGGGCUGCAGUUUGUAGAACAUGAAGAGAUUGGGGAUGACUUUUCAUAUGGCGGCGGACGAAUGUCGGCAAAGGAGCGGAUGAAUAUUUCGCAAUCUAUCUAUGAUAUUAUUCCUACCUGCUUUAUUGUUCUUACCUAUCUGAUUUAUUAUUUUUAUCUGCUUUAUUGUUCCUAUCUAUCUAUCUAUCUAUCUAUCUAUCUAUCUAUCUGUUUUAUUGUUCCUAUCUAUCUAUCUAUCUAUCUAUCUAUCUAUCUAUCUAUCUAUCUAUCUAUCUGUUUUAUUGUUCCUAUCUAUCUAUCUAUCUGUUUUAUUGUUCCUAUCUAUCUAUCUAUCUAUCUAUCUGUUUUAUUGUUCCUAUCUAUCUAUCUAUCUAUCUAUCUAUCUAUCUAUCUAUCUAUCUGCUUUAUUGCUCCUAUGUAUCUGAUCUCUUGUUUCUAUCUAUCUAUCUAUCUCCUUAAUUGUCUCUAUCCAUCCAUCUACUCAUCUAUCAUCUUCAUUCUGAUAGAAGCUUUUUUCUUUCUAUCUAUCUAUAUAAAUUUAAUCAACAUUACUCUAUUCGGCUUCAUUUUAAUAAAAGCUUUUUUAUUCACCUAUCUAUCUAUCUAUCUAUCUAUCUAUCUAUCUAUGAAUACUCUUUAUCCCCAUCUUUAUAGAAUCUUUUUCUGUCUAUCUCAUUCUGUGUCCUCUACAUUACUCUAUUAUGUUAUGUUUAUGUCCGUUCAUCUUCAUCUUAAGACCAAUUUGUUUCUAUCUAUCUGUUGUGGCCUCAGCUUUUAUCUAUCUAUCUAUCUCUCUAUCUAUCUAUCUAUCUAUCUAUCUAUCUAUCUAUCUAUCUAUCUAUUUGCCUGCCUGCCUGUCUUUAAACCUAUCUAUCUCAUCAACAUUACUCUUUUCAUUUAUCUCACUAUCUGUCAGUUUCAUGUCAAAGAAAAGUUUACUUCCUUGAUAUAUCCUUUGUUUUCCUUUACCGUGCCUUUCUCAAUUUAUUCUUUCCUUCUUACCCCUCAUGUCACGCUGUUUCUUUAUCGCUUUAACACCGCCCCCUCUUUUCUUUCUUACUCAUCUCGCGGAACAUUUCUCUUCAAUCUAACUUUACAUUCUUCUUCUACCUUAAACAAUGCAAAUUCGCUUCAUUCCCAUCCAUAA